AAAUGAGUUGCACGAUUGAGAAAGCCCUAGCAGAUGCCAAGGCGCUGGUGGAGCGGCUCAGGGAACAUGACAACGCUGCAGAAGCUCUUAUUGAACAGACUACAGCUCUUAACAAGCGCGUGGAAGCAAUGAAACAGUACCAAGAAGAAAUUCAAGAGCUUAAUGAAGUAGCAAGACAUCGUCCUCGGUCUACGCUAGUGAUGGGUAUCCAGCAGGAAAACAGACAGAUUAGGGAACUGCAACAGGAGAAUAAAGAACUACGCACAUCUCUUGAAGAACAUCAGUCUGCUUUGGAACUGAUAAUGAGCAAGUACAGGGAACAGAUGUUUAGGUUGCUCAUGGCGAGCAAGAAGGAUGAUCCCAGCAUUAUAAUGAAGUUAAAAGAGCAACAUUCCAAAGAACUGCAACUGCACGUGGACCAAAUCACAGAAAUGGCAGCAGUCAUGAGGAAAGCCAUUGAAAUUGAUGAGAGGCACGGCUGUAAAGAGCAGGAGCGUAUCGUUCAGCUGGAACAAGAAAACAAAGGCUUAAGAGAAAUUCUUCAGAUAACUAGAGAAUCAUUCCUGAACCUCAAGAAAGAAGAUGCAUCAGAGAGCACAUCUCUGUCAGGAUUAGUAACAAGCAGUGAUCUGAGCCUGAGGAAAAGCUAAGGACUAUGCACGUCAGGCAGCUUCAAUUGCACACUUUACCAAUGGAGUAUCAGGGGUCACUUGUCAAGCACUUGUUACUGAAUAGGGCACCAGCAAGCUGAAGCAUCUUAAAAAUGAGUUUAGUGCAUUUUAUUCUAUGUGAAAUAAAUUAAAAAUGGUAUUCUAUAAAGAAACCUUAGCGAUAGGUUAAUUGCCAUAGAACUAACUCCAAUAGGAAAUGGUUUAAUGCACCUACUGAAUUGGGAAUUAUUUUUAUAUGAAGUCAUUUAACUGAUAAAGGCCAGGAUGUCACAUAGUUUAUAGAAAUGAGUGCUCAUACAAACUUUCCCCACAGCUGUGAUAAAAUAAAGGCAGGUCUUUCUGGCUCGAGCAGUAGCAGUGGGCGAGCCUUGGGCGCUGCCCACGUUACACUUUCCUCCCGUAACGAGGUGUUUGGUUUUGGUUCUUGAAUUGGCAUUUUGCAACAAACUUGUUUAGGGGAAGGGGUCUGCACUGCAACGUAUAGAGCCUGAGGAUUUCUGUUUAGGUAGCCACAAGGUAUCCUGUACGAAUGCAAAGGCAAUUUUGAGASGCGUAAGCAAUGCUUUUGCCAUUACUCAAUAUGUAUUUUUAAAAUUUUGAAUGGGAUUCUGAAGAGUGUAUAGAUACUUAACUGUAUUUUCAAAAUAUCAGAAGAGCUGCUCCCAUUUCUCUUUGUUACUGUAUUCUGCAAUGCAGCUGGCCCACUGUAAUGCUGCCCUAGCUCUUCUCCUCCAGAGAAGACCAAGCUCAGUUCUCGCUAACCACAUUAGCCCCCUCAAWUUUCUCUCAGAUAGUCUCCCCAAAUUUCCUAAGCAGGACUUUGAAAUGUUAGUUUCAGUUGGAACCUCCCCAGCAUGUAGCAGCAGGAAGGUAUUUGGGGGAAGGAAGCAGAAGCUCCAGGGUGAUGCUGGCAGCCUGGCCGCCCGCCCCCGGUCCUGCCCAUUCGUCUUUCUUAAGUACUGAGUAGUCUUCAAGCCGAUUUCUAGGCACAUUUCGGGUGCAUGUUCUGUUUUCACUGGAAGUUUCUACGUGACAAUAGCCCGUCUGUCUUUAAUCCUGAAACACCUGCAGGAGGGAGAAGGAGCUGGCACCGCUGCCCGAGUUGUAGCUUGUGUUGGAUGCAGGUACUAAGAAGUGCUGUGUGAGGCAGGUCUGCAGUGAAGAGGUGCUGACACGGCUCACGUUUCGCUUUGGUGUGUCAGACUCGUUGUGCCCCUUGCUCGUUCCUAACUAGCACUGCUGUUCCUCACCACCCCUUUCUGUGUCGCGUGUUCCCGUGCUUCCAGCUCGCGCCGUGCGCACACAGCAGCGCAGCGGAAGCUCCCUGCCACACGAAAGGCUUGAUGCCCGAGCAACAGCCACGCUUGAAUCUUUAGGCUGCUUCGUAACUCACCUAGCAGAACAAGCUGGCCUCUGCAAAUAAUUUUCAUUUAAUCAAAUUUGAUUUUCAGUUGCAGCAAGGCAAAGACAAAUUAAGCAAACUAUUUUAAAGUGUGUCAGAUGUAAAUAGAACUUCCUUUUGACUCAGCAUAACUUCCCUAGGCUCAAGAUAAAUACACCGCAAGGUCUAAUUUUCAGCUUUCAGUGAGCUGAAUUCACAGGGAGCGUAACAGGGUCGUUCUGGUGCUGUGAUCUGCACCCAUACCCUUUCCUCUAGCGAUUUCAGGAGAAACAGGCAAAGGGGAAUGUUUAGUAGAGGCAGCAAAUGCCAGUUUUUGAUCAACUGAUGCACGUAUCAGGAAACACAGUUGUCAUAAGACCUCAGAAAGGAGAGCUAUAAAUGAAACUCUCCACGUUUCUCUGGCAAUUUUUGUACAAUUAGAGAGACUGCUACUUCUCCUUCCCCCMAAAAAUAUUGGCUUGUUUCUAAGUUAUAAGAAUAUGUUGAGGACACUCAUGCACAUGGAAAACAUUUUCACAUUUGGGGAAGAUUUGAAGGAACAUGCAGGCUCCAGCAUAAAAUCUCCUGGUGCGCUAUAACUACGUGUAAAACCCGCCCAGUGCUUCUAUCCUUCACAUCUUGCGUUUCUGCUGUAGCUUGCAAGCGGUGACUUACGAGAAGGGAUUUUUUUUUAAGACAUAUAAAAUUACGGGAAAUUUGGGUUAAAAUUUAAAGGUGUUUUUUUUAAAGUGUCCUUUCAGCCCUUGUCUGAGGUACCUGUCUCAUGUCRAAUGCAGUUUCACGGCUGACCUUCUGGUUUGUCUUUCGAACGCAGACUCCGGAGCCCUACAGCA